AUGGCCGCAACACAGAAGCUCUAUCCUCGUGGCACUGUGAAGGGCAUUGUGAAAGCACAUUCCAACCGAAGCGUGAGCAAGAACGCUGAUAUUCUGAUCUUCUUAGAUUAUAUGCUUUUCAUGCAAGAAUUGAUGCGCGAAGCUUCGAUAAGGUCGCGGAAAGCCGGUGAAAAACAUGUCUCACCAAACUCUGUCCGCAAGGUCACAGAGAAAACACUACGGAAAUUCAAGGGCUGA